CCAACACUGGAGUGCAAUUGAAGAAGAAGCAGCAACAGCAUAAAGGGCGACGUAAGAAAUUUGGAAGUUUUCAUUCGCAUUUUCUAGGCCAUGAAACGGAAUAUGUGAAGCCAGCUCAACACAACACCACCCUAACUCAUCAACGCCUCGCCACCGUCGCUAUCCGCUACGAACAACGCCUGCCGCGAGCAGCAAAACCUGCCAAGGGACCUCCAGCUCGAUCCAAUUGGGAAUUUCACACCUGGGACAAGUGGCAGCUGGUGGGCAGAAUAAUCAUGUCUUCGUCGGCCAUUUUCGUGCUGGACGUGAAGGGCAAGGUGUUGAUAUCGCGCAACUACCGCGGCGACAACAUCGACAUGGCCGUCAUUGACAAAUUUAUGCCAUUACUGAUGGAACGCGAGGAGGAGGGCCUGAUCACACCGAUCCUCCAGACGGCGGAGACCACGUUCGCCUACAUCAAGACCAACAACCUGUACAUAGUGUCCACGACGCCGCGCAAUAAGAAUGUGAAUAUCGCUCUGGUCUUUGUCUUUUUGCACAAGAUCGCCCAGGUGUUCGUGGAGUACUUCAAGGAACUGGAGGAAGAGUCCAUCAGGGACAAUUUCGUGAUUAUUUACGAGCUGCUGGAUGAGCUGCUUGACUUUGGCUACCCGCAGACCACCGACUCGAAGAUCCUGCAGGAGUACAUCACGCAAGAGGGCCACAAGCUGGAGCUGCAGCCCCGCAUCCCGGUGGCCGUGACCAAUGCCGUCUCUUGGCGCUCCGAGGGCAUCAAGUACCGCAAGAACGAGGUCUUCCUCGACGUCAUCGAGUCGGUAAAUCUGCUGGCCAACGCCAAUGGCAAUGUGCUGCGCAGCGAGAUCGUGGGCGCCAUCAAGAUGCGCGUCUAUCUUUCGGGAAUGCCCGAGUUGCGGCUGGGACUCAACGACAAGGUUCUGUUCGAGAGCACGGGCCGCGGCAAGUCUAAGUCCGUGGAGUUGGAGGACGUCAAGUUUCACCAGUGCGUCCGGUUGUCCCGGUUCGAGAACGAUCGCACAAUCUCUUUCAUUCCGCCGGAUGGCGAGUUCGAGCUGAUGUCCUAUCGUCUGAACACGCACGUCAAACCCCUGAUAUGGAUCGAGUCGGUUAUUGAGCGGCAUGUCCACUCGCGCGUGGAGUACAUGAUCAAGGCCAAGUCGCAGUUCAAGAGGAGAUCGACGGCCAACAAUGUUGAGAUAGUCAUACCAGUGCCCGCCGACGCGGACUCGCCCAAGUUUAAGACGACUAUUGGAAGCUGUAAGUACGCGCCGGAGCAGAACGCUAUCAUCUGGACGAUCAAGUCGUUCCCGGGUGGGAAGGAGUAUCUGAUGCGGGCCCAUUUCGGUCUGCCAAGUGUGGAGAGCGAGGACAACACGGAGGGCAAGCCACCCAUUCAGGUGCGCUUCGAGAUCCCCUACUUUACCACAUCGGGCAUCCAGGUGCGCUACCUGAAGAUCAUCGAAAAGAGCGGCUACCAGGCGCUGCCCUGGGUGCGGUACAUAACGCAGAACGGAGACUACCAGCUUCGUACUAAUUGAGAGGAGCACCUCCCGCCCCUGCAUCAUUCCAGCCAAGCUUCAGCGAGUCAUCCCUGCAAUAGGUAGCUUCACCUCCACCCGCGUUUUUGUCUGCGAUGCGUUGCGUUAAGUCAAAAGUAUAUAUUUGUAUUCGUAUUGUUUCAGUAUAUGUAUAUUGUAUGUAAAUCAAACCUAAUAAAUUUUAACACCUUUUCAUAACA